CACGUUUUGCACGAGGUUGCAAAUGCUCCAAGCGUGAAUGCCAGCCGUAUAGCAGCAAUGUAUCAGCUGGAUUUUAUGAAUCCAAAAACUGCAGCUCUUGCAAAAUUGGAUGAUAUAGAUCUCUCGUUGCUUUCAAGAUUCCUGUGUUUGGAAGAAGAGGUAAAGGAUGAGGAAGUGCCGUGGACAUGGGACUAUGUUUUCGCAAGUGUUAGUUCAGAGAUGCGUGAGGAGUGGGCGCAAGAAGAAGAGCAUGAAGAUACGGGUUAUGAGGACGAGCGUCGUGUGAAAUGA